CCGGAGCCCCCGGGCGGCCGGAGCCGCGGCGGUGUGGCCCCGCGCGGCGCGAGCAGCUGCCAAGGGGCCAAGGGAUGAGCUGGGGUCCUCCUUCCCAAUGGCAUCGCCCCCUGGACUGGAACUGAAGACAUUGAGCAAUGGUCCCCAGGUCCCAAGGGGCCCAGUGGCCCCACCCAGAGUGGGUGUGGAUAAUGCCUGUUUCUUCUCUGAGGAGCAUGAGACUCGAUUCCAGAACCCUGGGGAUGCCAGACUGGGUGGCUCCCCUGGCUCCCCAGGGCAUGUUCCCUCUCUGCCUCGGUCUCAGAGGGACGAUUUGUCCCUGCGUUCAGAGGAGGGGCCAGGCUUGGAGCCCAUAAGCCGCCCAGUGGAUUACGGCUUUGUUUCCGCCCUGGUUUUCCUGGUGAGUGGGAUUCUCCUGGUGGUGACAGCCUAUGCCAUCCCCCGCGAGGCCCGUGUCAACCCGGACACAGUGACUGCGAGGGAGAUGGAGCGCCUGGAGAUGUACUACGCCCGCCUGGGCUCCCACCUGGACAAGUGCAUCAUCGCGGGCCUGGGGCUGCUCACGGUGGGCGGCAUGCUCUUGUCUGUGCUGCUCAUGGUCUCCCUGUGCAAGGGGGAGCUCUACCGCCGACAGACCUUCGUCCCAGGCAGGGGCUCCAGGAAGACUUAUGGCUCCAUUAACCUGCGCAUGAGACAGCUCACUGGGGAUGGGGGCCAGGCCCUGGUGGAGAAUGAGGUUGUCCAAGCCUCAGAGACCAGCCACCCUCUCCAGGGCUCUUAAGUAGAAGCCCACCCUAGAUGGCUACUCUGGCUGCAGGUCUAAGGCCCCCAGAGGCCUGAGCUCCACAUAGUGCCCCACGGUGCUGGAGAGGGAGACAGAGCCUGAGCCCAGCCACACACAUGCAGGCAAAGAGCUCACUGGUCUGUUUUGCAGCUUGAGGUUUUGCAUAGGGUUUUGUUUGGGGGAGGGAAUGGCUUCUGCUGCUAAAAAUACAAAGUUCGGAAACCACGGCUCUUGGAAGAUGAGGUCUCUUGGCAUUUCCAAGGGCUGAGAGUUGUUUGAAAGAUUGCCCAGGCCUGGGGAGAAUUCUGGGACCUCCACUAGCCUCAUCUGCCAGGUGAGGGUGGGCUGAUCUGAGGAGAGGGGGGCUUCGAGCUCUAGCCUUCCAAGAUGGCAGAUGGCUGCUUGAAAACGGGGACCCCACUCAGCACUGGGGUGAUCCCUGUAGCACAGCACUGACUGAACUGUAAUCUUCCCUACUACAGACAAGGUGUCAGGCUUUAUCCACAAAGUACGAGGUUAAACUGCAUGAGCCCGAAGGGCCAGCCCUGCCCUGGACAAGGGGCCUCAGCCAUCCCUUUAAGGAUGACGGUCCAGGGGGCACUAGGCAUUCUCAGUGCCACGUUCUGGCCCAUCCUUGGUGAUCAGGAAGUGGCGAUCGUAGUUCUUCUAGAGUCCGUUGGUCCAGUUGGAUUAAAUUGAUCAUUUGCCAAAGCCUUAGUUUUGGUCUUGGGGUGUCACUUCCUUCUGUAUGAUUUCCCACAGUACAGGUGAGUGGGAGGCGUGAGGGCUUUGCUAUGUCUGUGGCACAAGGUGGGCCAUUAUCCCCCCCUUUCUCAACUGUGUGUCCCUUGGGAUUGACCUCUCAUUCUGAUAAUAGAAAAGUUUUGUGUUUUUUUUUAAAAAGAAUUCAUUUUUUAAAAUGCUGAAUUUGUAAUAUUUGCUUCUCUUCUUAGUAGUAAAAAUGCAGCCAUAAUUUGUUUGGGAGAGAAAUCAGGCACAUUUAAGUAGCCACUCCAGCCAUAUUGAUCGCUGUUUGUUUUUGGUCCUGUGGAAUAUUUGCAGGCUCCUUCCAAAUUCCCUUUACACUUCUGACAAGGAAGGGGUGCGGAUUCUGGAGGUGAGAGGCUAUGGGUGAGGACUGAGGGCUUUCAGAGCCCCUGGCCAGGAGUUGUGUCAGUGAUCCCAUGGGGGCUGAGGAU